GCUGCCACGGUUUAUAUCAACCAGAGCUUUUAUCUGAAGUCCUCUUCAGUGAAUUUAACAUUUCUAGGUUCAUAGAGUAGCUUAUUCUUAGCCUGCCUCUUUCUUCUUUGAAAUUCCUACUUAAUACUGACCCGACUUCUCCUUUGUCGAUUUCGAUCUUUUGCAUCCUUCUGUGGACAUACCACAUUCUGCAAUUUCACCUGUGUCAUUUCUGGUUACCUACAUAGCAUCUUCCGCCCUCUCAAGUCUGGGCACCGCAUUUGAUUUAGAACACGACAACACAAGUUGCUCAGCGUGACAGCGUGUGUUGAUAAAAGAUGGAAAGUCCAUCCACUUCCUCCGUCGCAGAGCCGUGCAAUCUAGGCACCUGGGGCGGUUAUGCGACGUCUUCUGACACUAACGCGCAGUCCACUACUCAGGCCUUGACCACGCUCAACAACCAGCGAACUCUCCCAAAUUUAUCCGCAAGUCUAAGCCAUGGCGACACGGUAAUGUCCGGAUAUGUCCCUCAGCACAGUCACGAGAUGGAAAGCUUCGUGCCUCGAGGGACCCCGGCACCCCAGCAGCCUCCUGCAGACUACGACGCUCGCACUCGGUUGGCACCGCAGCGGCGCAGGAUACACAAUCAGCUCUCGGCGGAACAGGAAAGAUUAUUUCUCAAUCAGGCGAUCGACAGUGGUCAGGUUACGUUUUACACAACGACGCCCGCAGCAACUGCUAUUAUACAGCCGGCAAACCGCAUGGAUAUUCCAAUGAGUGGUAUUCAACCGUCAAAUGCAUCGGCAACGCAAAAUAGGCUGAAUCCUACCCCAUUAGAGCCUAGGACCAGCUACCAGAGCGCUGCUGCACAACCUCAUCAGUUACCCUUGGGAGUCAGACCACUGCAACGAUCUCAGAUCAAUCUGCCCAAUGGAUCCGUGCAUGCAUCCGACCAGCUGCAAUCGCGACAACAACAGAGUAUCGCUCGUAUGUCAUUUCCACCAGCUGUAUCAGACCCCCGGAAUGGCGUGCCACAAACGCCUAUCCCAGGAUUGGAAUCAUCCGUACCGACUUGGACGCCUCAGUAUGCGGCAGCUACGAGACCACCGCAGCUGCCGCUGCAGCAACCACCACCAUCACAACAACAACAACAACAACAACAGCAGCAGCAGCAGCAGCAGCAGCAGCAACGCCAAGUUUAUUUACCUUCCUCGCAGACUAUGCCAAGUGUCUCCAUUGCUGCAAGUCCAUCGCGGCCACCUCAGCUAGUGAUGACUUAUGGCACAGGCGCGUCGGUGCAUGGUGUAGGAGCUGUGGCGUCAAAUCAGCCAACGGACGCCCAGUUGAUCAAUGAACUAUACCGUCAACAGAUCGCGUGGAGGACGCGGCAAAGGGCCAAUAAUCAAGGAGGUGACCCUCGAGCCAGGCAGAGGUAUGCCGAAGCUAUAAGCAGGAAUCAACGCUCUCGCCAACAGCAGCAGCAGCAGCAGCAGCAACAGCCAGUCAUCAAUCCAGACCCAAUAACUCUGCACUCUCCAGGGGGGAAGAGUCUGGACAACCAAAGCAACGGCCGUCCAGACCCAAAGGAGUCGGAGGACCUGACCGUCAACCUCGAGUGCAAGGUCUGCUUCACGCAAUUGGUCGACACCAUCCUGUUGCCAUGUGGCCACGCCGUCCUCUGCCGCUGGUGUGCAGACACCCAUUUGCCGACCUGUCGGAACGACCCGACUCGCCUGGAGGGUCAUCCGAGUUGUCCGAUUUGUCGUGGGACGGUCAGACAUAAGAAAAAGGCUUUCCCGCUAAUGUGUUCCCAGGGCCGCAUUUACUUCUCGUAGCUCGUUGUGCGGAAACUCUCUCAGUGCGCGUUGCAUCCACCGUUCUUGCUUUCUUGGGAACGCGAUACGUUGCUACGUGAUGGACACGGCAUUCGAUAUGGAUGAAAGAGUGAGAUGUCAUGUCAUUCACUCCGUUUGGUGACCCAAUGAGUACUAUUUAGAUUCGCAACGUCUGGUUUUCGGUCA